AUGAGUGCAGGAUACGUGACGAUGGCGAAACGUGGAACCAUUUUCAUGGUCGUCUGCAUCGGGUUGGUGGCGAGUGUGCGGUGUGUGGCCUCGUUGGCUCACGAAGGACGUGCUCUGGUGGCGGAAACGUGCACCGAUGACGUUGGUGAACGGCAGCAUUAUUCUGAUCGGCGUAUCGAUCGAUUGGAUCAGGAUCAGGAACAACGGCUGCUGCUGUUUAACCGGGUGGUGCAAACUCGGCGGGGUGACGAGUGGCUCGGGAAGGCUGACCACGGUGACCGAGUUGGCCGUGUAGUCCUGAACGAGCGCGAGCGUCGUGACGUUGAGCGGGUGGAACGUCACGAGGAUGAGGAUCGUGUCCGUGUUGAGAUGGCUGAAGGACGAGCAAGGAAUAUGGUAGCUCGUCAAGCGGACGAACGGCGUGAGCUGGAACGUAGGGAAAGAGGCGAAGCUGAACACAGUGAGACUCGUGACCGUUUCGAGGAACGCCGUGAGGAACGUCGUGAGGAACGUCGAGAAGAACGCGAGGAACGCCUGCAAAAUCGAAUGGAACGACGUGAGGAUCGUGCGGAACGUCGUGAUGAACGAGAGAAUCGUUUCCAAGAGCGAAUGGAACGAGCAGAACGAGCGGAUCGCCGUACUGAGCGAAACGAACGGCUUCAGGAUCAAAGGAAUCGAGCGGAACGCCGUUUGGAACGAGACGAUCGGCGUGAGGAUCGCGAGGAACGUCGUGAGGACAGUGUGGAGCGUCGCAAUGCACGAGAGGAACGAUCUGGAGAGCUAGUGGAUCGAGCUGAACGACGUGAGGAGCGGUUGGAACGUGCCGAGCGUCUCAACGAACGACAAAACGAGCGAGAAGAACGUUCCGAAGAGCGAAUGAAUCGAGAGGAACGGCGUGAGGAUCGAACUGAACGACUCUUCGAACGAGCUGAACGGCGUGAGGGUGAUGAAGAACGCCGCCUGGAACGAGAGGAACGUCGCAAUGAGCGAGAGGAUCGCCUCCAAGAUCGAGUGGAACGAGAGGAUCGCCGUGAAGAGCGUCGUACCGAACAAGAGGAGCGAUCGGAAGGUCGAUUGAAUCGAGCUGAACGACGCGAGGAACGAGCAGAUCGUCAAAACGAUCUCCAGGAACGUCUCGAAGAUCGACUGGAUCGCGAGGAACGUCGCAAUGCACGAGAGGAACGCUCAGAAAAUCGUGCAACUCGAGCUGAACGGCGACAGAAUAAUAUGGAACGAGAGAAUCGACUAGAGGAACGACUCCCAGAACGAAUGGAUCGUCGCUUGGAACGUGCAGAGCGACGUGAAGAUGGUGUGCAACGUCGAGAUGAACGAUCGGAACGUCGCAUGGAACGAGCUGAGCGUCGAGAAGAAGUCGAGGAACGUCGUGUUGAUCGGGCAGAGCGCCGUGACAACCCAGCGGAGCGUCGCAACGACCGAGAAGAACGCAGAGAAGUUCGCGAACGCCGUGAGGUGCGAAUGGAUCGAGAUGAACGCCGUCAGGAACGGGAAGAACGUCGCGAGGAUCGUUCAGAACGCCGCCAGGAACGUGAAGAACGUCGCGAGGAUCGUUACGAACGUCGUCAGGAACGGGAGGAACGUCGUGAAGAACUGGAACGAUCUUCUGAAGCCACUCGCCGUGAGCAAUCUGAGCGACGCUUCGAACAGGAUCGCCAUGAAGGUGUACUACGGCGCACUGCUGAAAAGCGAAUUGUUGAAUCGGAUCUCGUUCGCUACAUGGACGGUGGAGUGAAGAUGGCUGCCUUCGAGCAGGAGAACGCCUUCCUUUACCAGCUCAUCCAAACGGCUGCACUGGUCGGUGUUGCCAGCUAUUGGUUGCUCAAAGGCACAGGAGGUGAUGGCGAGUUGACCAAGAAGAACCCAACUUCGCCAUCUGUGGUGGCCAAGGUCGGCAAACUGCUUGGCUUCGGGCAGGAGUAG